AUGUUUCGCCGCUUGCGCAAAAACCAGGAUCAGGAUACUGCAUCAGUGAAAACGCGGGACGAGGAUAGGGCACUUGCUGUAAAUCUUCGAGAAUUUGGCUUAACUGGCUCCCGUGCCUCCAAGUCCAGCAGUCGAAGACCCCAAACUGGCUCGGACUCAAGACAAUUCACAGAAACACAGUCCAUCAAUUCUAAAUCCCUCCGUGGGCAAGACUCCGUCUCUUCUACUGGCUCAGUAAAUUCAGGACUCAGUAACAACUCACGUCGAGUCGGCGGUAUCGACAACAACGUCAUGUCUUCAAACGCCGAUCGAAGUCGCUCAAGGCGAGAACGCACCUUUGUGGGUAGCGAAUGUGCAGUCUGUGAGGAGCCCCUCGAGCACACCCUACGAGGAGAGCGCAUCCUGCAAUUUUCUUGUACACACGUCUCUCACGAGGCUUGCUUUUACGAGUUCAUACGCGAGUUUGAGUCACAAUACUGCCCAACAUGUGAUGCACCUUUGCACCUGGACACUAGCAGAGGAGGAAACGUUAUUGACAUUGAAAAAAUCAGCAACAUGGUACGAUCAGUCGGCACAGACUCCAGGUCUGCUAUGUCACCUACACCAACCCCGUGGGAAUCCCACACAGCUCGUGCACCCAGUGUUGAUAGCAACCAGAGGCGCCCCAUGCAGCAGCAACAACAACAGCAGCAGCAUGCUGGAGGUCGUGAUAGUGCGCCUCGAGGUAGCAUGAGAGAUAGCCGUGAGGCACCACCCUCAGAUCGUUAUGGUCCUUCACGACAUGCCCGAAGUGACAGCGAGGCUACUGGAGUGGCUUCAUCCGGAGGAUAUCCAGAGACGACACAGAGCGGACCUGCCAGACGCCAUGACUAUGAUGUCCAGGCUAUGGAAACCACACCGACCAGCCCACGACCAAUCACACGCAAUCCCAUACCGGCACCGAUCGUUACAGUCCGUUCAGAAUUCCCGACACUCAGCAGGUCACGUCAACAACAAACACUUACCUGUCUGGUCACUGUUGAGGUGCCUGAUAACAAGUGGAGGCCAGACCCUGAGGACCUUGGCGCUCCAGCUCCUCAACCCCCUGCUGUCAACCGUGCUGAAGAGGCAUAUGGCCGUCCGCCCUCGCCUGCCCGCAGUGCCCCUCGUUUCUACCCUUACGAGUCCACCGACGCUCUGGAGGAGAUGACAGAUAGUCUCCGUAACCGUGUUGACAACUGGCAUGGUUUAGACUUUAGCAGAUUUGGAAAACUGAGACUCUACGGCACCCUUAGAGUGGGCAAGGAUAAAGUCUCGUGGCAAGAAUUGGAGUGUUUCCUCUUCGCCGAGAUGCUUAUUUGCGUCAAGGAGAAGAAGAUUCCUCAAUCACAGCAGUGGGAUGAGAACGGAGCACCACGCAAGACGACUCGAUGCACCCUCAAGGGCUCAAUUCUUAUUAAGAAGCACUUGAACGAGGUUUCAGAGACAGGAAACAUUGACGAGAACAUUCUUACACUCAGCCUCUCUGUUGUUGAACUGCCUCAGUUCCACCUCCGUUUCGAGAACCGAAACCAACUCAAGCUGUGGCAACAAGCUCUUCUCGACCUUAAUGCUGUUGAGUCCUCUCCCAUGCGCAGUCCCGAGUAUGAACGUGGCGAAUCAGAAACCGAUGAAGAGCUCGACUGGCAACGCUCUCGCCCACAGAGAGUCUCCUCUGUGGCCUCAUCCUGGAACGGCGCGAGAUCAACCACAACGGCCCCCACGGACUACACCAACUUUCCUCGGAGCCCUGCCAUGUCAAAGUCUAUCCAUGUCCCUAUUGAUGUCGUUGUUGUUGUGCCCAUCUCUUCCUCUAUGCAGGGCGUUAAGAUCAACCUUGUUCGGGAUGCCCUCAAGUUCAUGGUCAACACACUUGGCGAACGCGAUCGCAUGGGCUUGGUUACGUUUGGUUCGGGCGGCGGCGGUGUGCCUAUCGUCGGCAUGACGACCAAGGCUUGGCCUGGCUGGAGCAACAUUCUGACAUCUAUCAAGCCUGUUGGUCAAAAGAGCCACCGUGCUGAUGUUGUUGAGGGCGCGAACGUCGCAAUGGACCUACUCAUGCAAAGAAAAUACAACAACCCCAUUGCGUCUAUCAUGCUCAUCAGUGACGCGUCCACCUCUGACGCUGACAGUGUCGACUUUGUUGUUUCUCGAGCAGAAGCCGCCAAGAUCGCCAUCCACUCGUUUGGCCUAGGAAUGACUCACAAGCCCGAUACCAUGAUUGAGCUGUCGACGAGAACUAAGGCUUCCUACACCUAUGUCAAGGACUGGAUGAUGCUUCGAGAAUGUCUCGCUGGAUGCCUGGGAAGCAUGCAGACUUUGUCCCACCAGAAUGUUAAGCUCAAGCUUAGACUUCCUGAGGGAUCACCUGCCAAGUUCCACAAGAUUAGCGGCGCCCUGCAAAUAACCAAGCGAGCCACAGGCCGAGAUGCAGAGGCAUCUCUCGGUGAUUUGCGAUUUGGCGACAAGCGGGAUGUUCUUGUCCAACUGGUCAUUUUGCCUGAUAACACAACACAAGAGCAACUUCCCCAAGAUCCUUGGGACAAUAUUGUCUCCGGCCUCGAAGCCUUGGGCGGCCCUAUGGAUAACGACAACGAGAGAACUCUUUCUGUUGAAGAAGUCCCCUUGAUUCAAGCAGAUCUCAGCUGGGGAGACAUUCUACGUGAGGGUACCGUCACCCACAUGCCUCGACCAUCUCUUCUGGCCAUCACGAUGCUUCCAGUCAGUGGAAGCUCCAAGAAGCCAUGGCAGAACUCGCCCCCUAUUCCUCCUCACCCCAGUAUUGUACAGAGGCGUAUGGAGCUCCUCACUUCUGACAUGCUCACCCGUGCCCUCACUUUGGUAAGCCGGGGUCAACAUGAUCGUGCACAUACUCUCCUGAACGAGACUCGAUCGAUCCUGAAGGGUCUGGGCAAGGGCGGACUUCCUCCUAUUCCUCCCCCAGGCAAGUCCAACCCGUCAGCCCCAUCCACUCCCCACCCCGGGAACGAUGCUUCGCCAGGCCUAUCACCCACUCCUGAUCGCAAGCGAAGUCCUUCGCCUCCAGCCUCGGCAAUCUCUGGCACCAACGGCCCCACAUCCUCGCAGCUGGGCCGUAGUCGCUCAACUGAUGGCCUUGGUCUCAGUGCUGGAAUUGAUGCCAACACUGUAGCUGCCCUCGAUGCUGAGCUUGAGAGCAGUCUUGAAUGGAUCAAUCAUCCUGCUGUGUUUAGCCGCGACAGCCGUAAAGCUGUUCUACAGGCCAUUGGUGUCAUCAGUUCUCAACGUGCCUUCACUUAUCGCACACCUAUCGAGGGGCUUUGGGCAUGCCGCGUUAGCGGUGUAAAGAACCUCACAGAGAAGAGUAGAGAAUGGCGCGAAGAUGGUGGUGGUGAGGGCGGAAUCACUGAAGAAUCCUAG